UUAUAUUUGUACAGGUGGUGACGGAUAUCCAGAGAUUCCUGAAAAAUUAAAAAUCAAAAGCGUGACAGAAGAGCAUGCUAUGUUCCUUUCAAACACAAUUCUACCCGAAAAGUUAAUUGCAUUUGGUAAUCGUCUUUGUAUUGGUGAAGUAGAAAUCUCACAAAUCAAUGCCGACUAUGAGAAAAGUGGCAUAUCUACCGUCAUACUAAUGCUUAUCCUCAGAUGGAAAACUAGGACUGGUGGUUCAGCGACACUUGGAACACUACUGAAAUUGUUUCAGGAACAUUCAGAUGAAAUUGGUCUUAUCAUUCCAGCAUAUAAAGACGACUACUCCCUGUCAGAAAGACGACUACUCCCUCCCCAAAAUAGGACUACUCCCUGUCAGAAAGACGACUACUUCCUGUCAGAAAUGGGACUACUCCCUGCCAGAAAGACGACAACUCCCUGCCAGAAAGAGGACUACUCCCUGUCAGAAAUGGGACUACUCCCUCCCCAAAAUAGGACUACUCCCUGCCAGAAAUGGGACUACUCCCUCCCCAAAAUAGGACUACUCCCUGCCAGAAAGACGACUACUCCCGCAUGACUAUUUGUAGGCGGAUCGGAGAAUGGGUCAUUCGGGAAAUAGCUUUAUGGUCACUCUUGGUGAAAAACUAUUUCCCUCGGCGGCUUCACCACUUUAGGAUAUUUUUUCACCUCGGGGGACCAUACAUUUGCUAUUUCCGGCAUACCCAUUCUAUAACUGUAUAAUAUGUGAUGUCUUUGAAUUUGUUUUGUACGUGAUUGCCUUCAGUAUAAUCGGCUUCAAUAGCUCCUUGAAGCCAAUGAUGUAUUGUUAAAAUAUAAACAGACGCCAAAUAAAACUUUGAAUUGAUGUGAACUACGUGACUUUGUCCUU